AUGCACGAUCGCCGUGUGGUUGUGUUGUUGGUGUUUUUUGUGACACUGGGUCAAUGUGUUUUACGAAAAGAUCGCGCAUACUGGGAGGAGCUAGGAACAAAUGAACUAGACAUAGCCCUAAGAACUAAGUACAAUCUUGGAGUGGCGAAAAAUGUGAUACUCUUCAUCGGAGACGGUAUGGGACCUAACACCAUAACUGCAGCAAGAAUCCAUAAGGGCGGGGAGUCAUAUAAACUGAGCUAUGAAACUUUCCCACACGUGGGACUAUUAAAGACAUACUCAGCGGACAAAAUGGUGCCAGACUCCGCCUCAACUGCCACUGCGCUCAUGGGCGGUAUUAAGGCAAAUGACAAAACGCUGGGAGUGGACGCAAGUGUCCCACACAGAGACUGCAAUGCGUCUCUACGUCCAGAGGCUAAGGUGGAAUCUUUAGCUGCUCACGCUUUAAGAGCUGGAAGGUCUACAGGUUUCGUAACGACAAUGAGAGUCACCCACGCAACCCCAGCACCAAUGUACGCCUACAGUCCAGAGAGGAACUGGGAAUGCGACGCUGCAACCCCAGCUCCCUGUAAGGACAUCGCGAGACAGUUGGUUGAGGACUGGCCGGGCCGAGACUUCAACGUUAUCUUAGGUGGAGGACGACAAAGUCUGAUACCCAAUGCUACAUCUUUAGAAAACGACCCGACUAGCGCCUGGGCUUGCAGCAGACAAGAUGGCAGAAACCUCAUUGAGCAGUGGCAAACGGAUAAGGGAGUCCGCAAUUUAAGCUACUGCUUCGUUGAAAACACAAAUGAAUUGAAGAAUGCACCAGCUAACACUGACUACCUAUUUGGUGUCUUCUCAAAUGCUCAUUUGCCAUACGAGUUCCAGCGUCAUGCGGAAUCGCCAUCCAUCGUCGACAUGACAGAAGCAGCUAUUAAAGUACUCCAAAGGAAUGAAAAGGGAUAUUUCCUUAUGGUUGAAGGGGGAAACAUCGAUAUGGCGCACCACCGUGGUCGCGCGCGAACCGCCAUAGACGAGACCCUUGCCAUGGAAGAAGCAGUCCGACUAGCCUACAAUAUGACUGACCCCGAAGACACACUGAUUGUAGUCACAUCUGACCACAUGCACUCUAUGACCAUCAAUGGUCAUCCUGAACGUGGGGAUAAUAUCUUUGGAACCGUCGGUCCAUCGAGAUACGAUGGUCUAAAUUACACCACCAUCGCGUAUGGAACAGGCGGCCCCGGGUCACGCCAGUUUGAAGCCCAAAUGGUGAAUGGAACAAACGAAGUCGUCAGACGAGACCCAUCUCAAGACGACACCACUAGCUUUAUGUAUGAGCAGAUUGCUGCUAUCACGUUAGAGGAGAACAAACAUGGGGGCGGUGAUGUAGCUGUAUAUGCUAGUGGUCCUUACGCACAUCUAUUCCACAACAUCCACGAGCAACACUACACGUACUACGCGAUAUCUUAUGCUGCCAGGCUCGGCCGCUACGCUGACCGACCCACAGAAAACAACGCAUUUUCUAUACAAGCUAAUAUUAUUCUAUCUUCUGUGUCUAUGCUAUUAGUUGCCUUAACAGUGUUAUAG